AGAGAUAAGCCGGAUAUCCAUGAUCCAUCCUUCAUAAUAUUAUACCACAGAUUUCUAUAUUGUAUCGUUCAAUGGUUGUAGUGUAGUACUGAAGGGACGUUGGGGCACAUCUCCUUGGACCAUUCAAGAUAAUCAUGUGUUGGACCGUGGUCUUGCAAGGUAUUUGAAAUUUGAAAUUUGAAUCGAAUGACGAAGUAUAUUAUUACCACAUUUGUGAUUUGUCAUUUGUCAUUAUCAGUUAUCACUUAUCAGUUAUCACAGUUGUGGUUGAGUCGUUGAGUUGUUGUUACAUAGUUGCUACAUCUUGCUCCUGCAUAUUCUGGUUCGUAGUUUACCUACUAGUUCAUACUUUUUUAUGUUAAAUUUUUUUAUGCGUACUUUCAAGUUACAAAAUACAAGACAUUAAACGUUUAAAACUGCUAAAAUCUAAAAUAUAGUAUCUUCUUCUUAGUACCUAAGACCUAGGUAUAUAGAAUAUUUUUGAACGCAUUCAAUACAAAUUAAUUGCAUUAGGUACUACUGAAGUACUGUCUACUGUUAAUAUAAAUAUGGCCACAAAUUUAGUAGUACUAGGAGAAAAUGCUGCUAGAAUUAACGUGAAAGUCAAUCCUAAUAUGACUGUUCUUAAAGUAAUAGAAUUAGCCUGCACAAAAAUUAAGGCAAACAGCAACGAUUUUGAUUUAAAAUAUCACAACAAAAUAUUAGAUACGACUAGUCUGAUCAGGUUUACAAAUAUUGCCAAUAAUGCCUUAUUGGAAUUAGUACCUGUUACAAAAUCUAGACAAAAUAGCUCUGUUGGUGUAUGGUUACAAAUAGAAGAUGGAUCUAGAUUAUCCGGAGAAUUUUCAUCUAGCCAAAAUCUUUGGGAAAUCAUACAGAUAUUAUUGAAGGACAAUUUUUCUAAUUAUGAAAGUCCAGCUAUAAUUUAUACAAGAAUGGAAAUAAUUGGUAAAGAACAAUUGCAGCAGAAAACAUUAAAAGACAUCGGACUAGUUAGUGGCAAAGCCUUGUUAAGAUUACUUAAUAAAAAAGAAUCUGAAGACCAAGCUCAUGUAUAUGUACCUGCAGCAAGAAAACCAAAACUUGAAGAAUCUCCUAGAGUUUUAGGUCAUAAAGAAACAAACACAAAUGAAUUAUCAAGUGUUGAAUCAGCAAAGGUUGUGGCAACAAAUCCACAAGAAUCCAUGGAUAUUGAACCAAAUUCUGAUAUAGCUGAAGAAUCUGAGACUAUAAAUAUGUCAACAUGUCAAAAAAACUUUGAUAAUGACCCUAAAGCAUUAGACAACAAAAAAAAGCCUACUCUUACUAAUGAAGAUCUCAUUAAUUUCAAGAAGUCUAUAUCUUAUUUAGAUGAACGCGAUACAUUGUUAUUUGACAUAACGGAUGGUACUUCAGUGUUAUAUCAAGACGAAGGUGAUGAUUUCUUUAAACCAACUAUAAAAGAUAUUACUCUUGUACUACGAGAUUUGAAAAAUUCACGGGCUCAAUUUGAAGAUGGCCAACUGUGUACAAGUGCAAUGCGGGAAUUAGAAAAGGCUCAAAAUCAACUAAAUUUAUUACAUAAAUACAAAAAAUGUAUUAUUAGAAUCCAUUUUCCAAACAGAUUAGUGUUACAAACCAUAUUCAAAUCAACUGAAACUGUAUUGGACAUAAUUAAUUUUAUUCGAAAAUAUCUCAUUGAUGAAUCUUUAGACUUUUGUUUGUUUACAACACCUCCUAAAACUAUUUUGAAACCUGAAGAUACUUUAUUGGAAUCUGGAUGUGUACCAUCGGCAAUGAUCCAUUUUUCAUGCAAUUUGGAAAUUGAUCAAUUAAAACCUGAGCUUAAACAUAAAAUUGUAUCAGGGUGUCAAGCUUCAAUAGCUGCUUAUCUUGUCAGAAAAGAAAGGAUUUCAAACUCUUCAAAUAAUGAAACGUUAUAUGAUGAACAGCCAGGAACGAGUAAACAAUUAGAUAAUCAGAAUAUUAAAACCCCUGUUUUUACUCAACAAAAUAAAACCAAAGCAAAUAGUGGGAAGACGCCUAAAUGGUUUAAGCCAGUAUGAAGAAAAAUCAUUAACUACAAAUUGUGUUUAAAUUAC